AACAAUAGAAGACAUAACAAGCCCUUAUCUCCCCCUCCCCUGCCGAUCGCUUGGCUUCCCGUGCGGUCUUCUACCCCAAAUCUGUAUUUCUUCCCUCCUCGCCGUCACCGGAACCCUAGCCUUCGUCUCAUCGGAAGGGAUCGUUGCGAUGUCGAGCUCGUGGUCGCGGGCGCUGACGCAGAUCUCUCCCUACACCUUCGCUUCCAUCGGCAUCGCCAUCUCCAUCGGCGUUUCCGUCCUCGGCGCCGCCUGGGGGAUUUAUAUUACCGGGAGCAGCUUGAUCGGUGCGGCGAUCAAAGCCCCCAGAAUCACCUCGAAAAAUCUUAUUAGUGUUAUUUUCUGUGAGGCUGUUGCCAUAUAUGGUGUUAUAGUAGCAAUUAUCCUGCAAACAAAACUGGAAAGUGUGCCAUCAUCGAAGAUAUAUGACCCCGAGUCUCUUAGAGCUGGAUAUGCAAUAUUUGCUUCUGGGAUCAUCGUCGGUUUUGCAAAUCUCAUGUGUGGGCUGUGUGUGGGAAUAAUUGGAAGCAGCUGUGCUCUAUCUGAUGCUCAAAACUCUUCUCUUUUCGUAAAGAUUCUGGUGAUCGAAAUAUUUGGCAGUGCACUUGGGUUAUUUGGUGUGAUUGUUGGUAUAAUUAUGUCAGCCCAAGCAACAUGGCCAGCAAAAACUGCAUGAGUUAGGUCUGUUUGCUCCUCUACCGGAAACACGGAGCUUGUGCAGUGUAUCUUGAAUCAUAAUCAGUGUUCAAAACCAUAUCAGGUUUCAUGUAGCCGUUCCUCGAAACACUACUGUUUUUUGCUUCGCCUAUCCGGAAUCUGCCUUUGUGCACUGGUAUCUCUUUGGCUUUUUUUUUUCUUACUUCUAUUCUAUUUUCUGAGACAAAUAAAUCAUAUUCAUGGCUUGUCUCAUGAUGGCAUUGUAUGGAAUACUAAAUUUGUGCAUUUAUGAGCAUCAUCUCCUCUUAAGAUCA